AUGGCUCUGCCAAUGUUCGUAUUAAUUCGUUCAUCUGUCGGGAAUGUGGCGGUAACAGUUAGGCUUAGGAAGGUUCGAGAGACGAGGGUUAGCGGGUACGGCGGAGUUGGGGCGACCUUGAGCCGCUGCCCCCGGCCUGCGGCUGUUGCUGGGGGCGGGAAUCCAUCCCCGGAGGCAGCUGGCGUCGGCCCGGCCGCUCGUAUCGACCCGGCGCGCCGGCGAGUCCUGGGGGCGGCGGCCAGGCCGAAGCGGGAGCGAUCUCACGGUAAUGUUCCUGCUGCAGCGGCGGUCUCCGACGGCGACGGCGCGGCCGUGCGGUCGGCGUGCUGCGUCUCGGAAAGUACACUCCUACAAUACUCGAACAACAGUCUGCUGUCCGUAAACUUCUCCAAUUGCAACAAUGUUUCCGUGAGCAAUGAGCUGGUGCGGCUGACGUCCUCCGUCCUCUCGGAGACGAGGCCGCCCCCGCCGCCCCCGCGCUGCCUGUCGGCGGCGGCCCUGCAACAGGCCGAGGUGGCGCUGCGGGCGCAGCGGCGGCAGCUGGCCGACCUGGAGGCGGUGCGCGCCCUCUCGCCCCCGCGGGCUCCGGUCCCGCCCCCGUCGCCUCCGACGCCGCCCCCCGAGGCGGAGGGGGCUGCUCGGCGUCUGGAGGACGCCAGGCGGCAGCUGGAGGCGGUGCGCGGCGCGCUGGAGGCGGCGCCGGUGGUCAGCUGCCGCAGCGUCGCCACCGACACUUCCUCCGAGACGCCGCCCCCGCCGCUGCGGCCCUCCAAGCGCGUCCAGGCGUCGCCGCCGCGGCGCGGGAAGGCGCCGCCGCCCACAACCAGGUCAGCUCUACAGCGCGUUUAA